AUGGGCAAGGCGUUGGAUCAAAUCUCCAAGUCGUCUUUCACACGUAGAAUUGAGCGAGCAGAACUCCCUCGGUGGUUCACUCAGCUCGCUUUUACCAUGUAUAAUGAUAGGACAGACCCCGUUGAGCAUGUGAGCCACUUCAAUCAGAGAAUGAUUGUCCAUUCCAGAGAUGAAGCCUUGAUGUGCAAGGUUUUCCCAUCCAGCCUAGGACCCAUAGCAAUGAGAUGGUUCAACAGCUUGAAGGCCAAUUCCAUAAGCUCCUUCAAGGAGCUCACCCAGGCGUUUGGUUCUCGAUUCGUCACCUGUAGCAGAGUUCCUCGACCCCCAUCUUCCCUACUAUCCUUAAGUAUGAGAGAGGGAGAGACCUUGAAAAUGUACUCGGAUAGGUACUGGGAGAUGUACAAUGAAAUUGACGGCAACUUUGAAGAUGUAGCCAUCAAUACAUUCAAGGAUGGCCUCCCAACCGAACACGGCUUAAGGAAGUCUUUGACAGGGAAGCCUGUCACCAGUGUGCGCUAG